UCAAUUCUGGCCUAGUGGGAACUCCGGUUCAGUACUUCUGGUUUCCGAAGACUGGCUUUGGCACUUCAUUUUCGCUGCUCAGUGCUCACCAAAGGACAACACAAACAUCCUUACAAUGAUUCAUUCCAGAAUCUUGAUUGAAUUGCGGGUCUGCUACUAUUUUGAGGUUUGUUUUGGUAUGAAAGGAAAUGAUCAAGUAGCAUUCUUUAGUGCUGUGGACAACAAAGCUAAUGUAGUGGAAGAAAUUGAUAAAAACAUUUUUCCUGGUGAAAUACCUGGAUAAAAUAUUGAAUAUUUGGCUUGCCGUUGUUCUAUAGAUUUGAGAAUAUGCUCCCGUUUUUAUGGCGAUUGAAAAAAGCUGGAGAAGGGAAGUGGAAGGCUCUUCAAGGUGAUAUCUUGAAACGAGAUGUUGUGUGUUGCCUUAAAGUGUGAAGAUAAAUUCACUUAUACGCUUGGGAUGGAUAGGCUUUGUGAUGCUGAGCUAGAACCCUAGGCUUUUGGAUUUGAGCUGUGAUAAAUUAAGGAGGGAUGUUAGGGAGAAUUUGAGCUCAAGGCACUUCUUUUGGUUUAUACCAACAAAUGUGCUCAUGUCAUAGUGGGAAAAAGUUUCUUCCUCUUAGCAAGGAUCCUCCUCAAGGACUGCUAGGAUGGGUUUUUACUACUAAAGAUGAUUCUGUGCCUCAUGGACACCGGUCCUAUGAAUCUCACAAAGUUGAUAAAGAUUUCAUGGAUGUAGGGAAUGAUAGCAAAAGUAUUAACACCAAGAAGGAUCUGUUUAAGGAUAUGGAUGUGUUGGGAUGCCUUCAAAGAGUAUAUUUGUACAGAUAUAAUCUCCAAAGAACAUGGCAUUCAAGAGUGGCUAAAGAGUUCGUGGUCUAUAAAUAGCCAAAUUAGCUGGAAAAGCAGGUGUUAGGCAUUCAAGAACUGGAAAAGCAACUGCAUAUUGGCACGGUAACGGCAAAACCGUUGGAGGAGAUGUCACUGAUGGUGCGGGUGAGGAGAGAGCGGAAGCUGUUUAUCAGCGCAUGAAAUGGACGAACGAGAUGGUGAAGAUUCUGAUAAUUGCUGUUUGUUACAUCGAGGCCUUUGUGUUGUCCAGUAUUGAUCCAGUAAGGGCAGGAAGAUGGAGGGUUAUCUCUGGGGUUUUCGCUGAAAGAGGUUAUCACGCAUCGGCUCAGCAAUGCGAGGACAAGUUUAACGUUCUGAACAGAAGGUACAGGAGGCUGAACGAGAUACUUGGAGGCAACACAAGUCGUGUCGUUGAGAAUCCCGAGUUUAUGGAGCUGAUGGACCUGACUGACGAAGCAAAAGAGGAAGCAAGGAGAAUUCUGGGUUCUAAACAGCUGUUUUAUCAGGAAAUGUGGUCGUACCACAACCCGAACUGGUCAUUUCUUCCUCACGAUCCAACCGUGAAAAAGUCUGUCAUGUUGGCUAUUAAAGGAAAAGACAAGUGUGAUGCUGAAACUCUGCCACCGGGGAUGCCUACGAAGAGAAUGAGGUGCCAAGAACAUGGCGUUGUUGAUCUUGAUCGUACCCCAGACUAUCAUAAUCCGCAGUCUACUGACGUAAACAAUAUGCCCAACACUGAGCUGGGAUCGGGUUUACAGGAAAACCAGAUUAUGUCCCGCAUAUUCGAGCUUACAGAAACAAAAUUGCAGAUACAGGAGCAGAUUCUCGAGCUGAAGAAUCAACUGUUUCACAAACAGAAGUUCCAUCACGAACAGGAGAAGAUGCUAGCCAUACUGAGAUCAGAAAACGAGGCUUUGAGACUUGCGAACGAGCACUUGUCACUGAAGCUCAGACGUGCGAAGUGAGCAACCUUCAUUAAUCUUAUAAUGUGUCUGUAAGUGGCUUGGUUUCUGGUCAUCAAACUUUAGCAAAACCCUUUGCUGUUUCUGUUAAGAUGUUCCCUUCCCUUUCAUUCCCCUGUUUUUCUCGCUUUUCAUGUCGGUCCAAUAAUUGCAAACUCGUUAUAGCUUUGUGAGACGAGCUUGCUGCCUGCUUAUUUCCUAGUAUAAACAUCACCUGAUGUCUUUGAAGGUUUGAACUGCCAAAUGUUGUUGCUUUUGUUAAUCUGUUUUGGUGUUUGUUCAUCAUGAUUUGGUGUUAUUUGAUCAUUUUAACCUUUUGUUUUCCA